AUGCACGAAGGUAUUAGUUUCGAUGAAGUAAAUCUAAAUUAGGCUUUUUCACGCAUUGGUGGGAAAAACUUUUACCAGUUUUUAACUCUUUUGCCGCUAGGCCUGAUACUUGUUCAAGCUUCCAUUAUUGUGUCAAGCACUCCAAUUUUUUUGACAAUUCCAGGAAUUUUAAUCUUAAUUAAUUUAUACACUUUUAACAUCCGCUGCCAGGUUGCUCGACUACAGCUAUCUCCAACACCAAUCUGGGGUGAAUUUCGUUCUAUUUUCCUUAUGUCCUCCAACGGUGUGGCUAUUUGGCUUUGAUCGUCAAAAGCUGAUGCCAGUUUUAAAGUUUGGGCUUCGAUGAAUCUUCUUUGAGCCCUGACACUUACUUAGGUCCUAACAGAAACUUAAAGUUCCCAGUUUCCACCUCCUGGGGAAGUGGCGCCCUUCUGGAAAAUUCAUUCCCUAAGAUUAGGAAUCCUAUAGGAAAAGCCACCCAGAUAGCUUCCCUGACAUAGUUGGAAUAUGCAAGAGAUAUUGUUCGGUUGCGAGAUCAGAAAAUUCACCAUAUUUUAAUUAUGACAAUUCCAGGAAUCAAGUGUCAAAUUAACGGAGCCUUGGUUCCUUGCCUAGAAGAAGAAAUAUGCAGCCCUGGAAGUCAUUAUAUUUUUGAUAAUAAAGAUAUCAGAACUGUUGUGUAUGAAUGGUAUUUUUUAGUCAGAAAGCUUGUUUGUGAGAGCCAUGCGUAUGUGUAUAUUAUCCCAGCAGUUUUUUUUAUAGGGAUCUCAAUUGGCACAUUUAUAUUUGGUAAUGUGGCAGAAAAACAAGGCAGAAUUACAGCGCUGAGGUGGAGUGCGUCCUUAUCUUGCUUAUUUGAAUUUAUUAUUUUUUGUUCAGCAUCUGCUUGGUUUUUUACUGUCAGUUUUUUGUUUUUAGCUAUUUCGCUGUCUGGAUGCGUGUUUAUUCCAUUUGUAUAUACUAUAGAAAUAAUCAAUAGUCAAGUUAGGCCACUUUUUAUAUUUAUCCUGAUGGGAUUUUGGGCAGUUGGCUUUGAAUCAUCAUAUAUGCUCGCUUAUAGUUUCAAUUCAUGGAGGCCGAUGAUAAUUGCUUCUUUAGGAGUUGGACUACUUGGCUUACUUUUACUGUGAAACAUAGUUGUUGAAUCUCCAAGGUUCAUGGCUUUUAAUAAGAGUAGAUAUACGAAGGUAAGGAAACUAAUGGAGCAUAUCGCAAAUAGAAACUCAAAAUCAAUGUUUGAUGAACAGCUUCAAGGGGAGUCCAUUAAUGAGUAUAGCGAAACUGCAGGAAAAAGCCAUAUUGGCAGCCCUGAAGGCUCUGCGAAUCGAUCAGAUGACAACAUUGCAAGCAAUCGAUCGGGAGCUGUUGCAGCUCCUUAUGAAUACAUGGGAGGUGCUAGCAAUAUAAUGGACAGAGAACAAGAAUUAGAAAGAGGACAAAACAUCGGCUAUAUGGAUUUCUUAAAGCUGGAAUCAUUAAGGAUUAAAUUUGCAAUCAUGGUUUGGAUUUGGGUUUCAACUUCAAUGGCUUACCAUAUGUAUUCCAACUCUAAAGAAAUGCUCGACCCUGAUCCCACUGCAAACUCUAUGAUUUAUCUCUCACUCCCCCCCCCUUUAAAUUGAAACAAAAUUUUAUUAUAAUAGAAAAUUUUAUAGGUAAAAAUCAUUAUUUUAUAUGUAAAUACGUUAAUACCCUAUUUAAUAUGCUUCAAACAUAUAAGAUUUAGAAAUUAAACUCUAUUUUGUCCAAUUGUUAUGGGGAGAGUUAGAAGAAUACCAUUUCAGCAAGUUUACACUUUGAGAUUGAGAAAUUUAUGAAUUAAUUUUUUCAUGAAAUUAAAAUUAAAUAUAUAAAUUUUUUUAUAAAAAAAAUUUUCUUAACCCCCCUUUAAAUUGAAACAAAAUUUUUUGUUUCAAUUUAAAGGGGGGGGGAGUCAGCUAAAAUCGGUGGCUGGACUUUUGGGCUGCUUCUUUCAAUCUGCUUCAGAAGCAAAAGGAAUUUGGUUUUCAGCAUAUGCUUAGCAAGCGCAACUAUAGCACUUGGAGCUUUGCAAGACUACACUAAUAUAGAUCCGAUCUAUUCGUUUCUUGCUUCAUAUACAAGCACCAACUAUCUUUUUAUCUGCCUCUCAAUCUACACAUUGGAAAUUUUCCCAACCCCAGCUCGCUCUUUGGGAAUGGCAAUCGUGAGCAUAGUAUUUUGGAUAAGUGUAACAUGGACAUAUGUGCUUUUUAAAUAUGCCCCUAUGCAACUUUCAGCUGGAGUUACUAUUAUGAUUGCAGUUUCUAUUGUUUUCUUAUUCAAAUUGAGUGACCCAGGGAAGAGACCCCUUUAUGAUACAAUAGAUGAAAUCUCAUCAUCAGUUUCAAGCGCAAUAUCAAGUGACCAAUCAUCAAUUAUUGUUAAAAAAGGAAACUCAGCGUUAAGGGAUAACCAUAGCCGCGGCAGAAGCUUCAAUGUUCUUAAUGAAGAUGCAUCUGCAAUUGAUGAUUAA